CUUACUCUUCUAGGUAUAGGUCUGCGUUUUGCACAAUGCAAAAGUUUGCAUUUCCAUCUCGGCCACUGCUGAUCUAUAAAUAUACACCCUGGAGAUUCCGGGUUUUGCUAGGCAGAGAUGGAGCCAGGAAAGUAUUAGAGAGCAUAGCAGGAAGCUAUUCCAACAGGUGGAGGGUUGAAAAGGGAUGGUAAAAUGAGACCCUCCCAGCUGUCCCGGGGCCCAUGAACUGUUUCGAAGCACCGUGUGUUUCCACAGACUUCAGUGCGAUCCAAUCCCGACCCUCUAUCCUCACCACAGCUAUGCUGGGGGACUUGGGACACCCCCCUCCCCCUGCCUCCUUUCCAGCAACAGGGACUAAAAAGGGAAGCACUGGGAGCUGGUUGGUUGAGUCUCCCCAGAGCUCAGAAGCCUGCAAGCUGCCUUUCCCCAGGCGAGUCCGGACCGAUCUGGGCUGCUUAAGUCCUGAACCGCAACGAAGAUGUGAAGCCUCCUCAACCCCGGAGAAUUCUGAGCGUCCUUGAGAGAGCUGCACACAUGCAAUGGAUGGGUGCGAGUGGCAGGAAGAGGCCUUGGCCUCCUGCGCAGAAGGUUACUAUCCCGUGAGGAAAGGAGAGGUGUUCAAUGGAAGGUACCACGUAGCACAGAAUCUCGGGUGUGGCUACUUCUCAACCGUCUGGCUUUGCCAAGACUUGGGGAAGAAGAGGUGCGUGGCUGUCAAAGUGCCCAAGGGCGGGGAGGAUUUUGCUGAGGCAGCCUUGGAUGAAGUCAUGCUCCUUCGCUGUGUGAACAGCAAGAGGAGGAAAGACCAAAGCAGCGACCGUGUCAUCCACUUCCUGGACGAUUUCAAAAUGAUUGGAGACAAUGGCUUCCAUGUGUGCUUAGUGUUUGAGCUGCUGGGGCCUUCUCUGCAGUCUCUGCUGAGCAGCCAAGGAGUCCAGGGCCUCCCGUUACCCUUUGUGAAGAAAGCAACACAACAGGUUCUCCAGGGCUUGCAUUUCUUGCACAAGGAGUGCCGCAUCAUCCAUGCAGACAUCAAACCGGAGAACAUCCUGCUCUGCGUGGCGGAAGGGAGCCUGCAGGCGCUUCUCCACCAGGUGGCUUUCCAGGAACACGGCGCAGGAGCCGAGCCCAAGAGGCCAGAGGAGGACGUGGCUGCUGUCCUGGAUUGCUACAACCUCAUGAAAUUGGGAGUGAAAAUUGCGGACCUGGGAAGCGCAUGCUGGACGUACAAGCCCUUCUCCAAGAAGAUCCAGACCCAGCCCUACAGAGCCCUGGAGGUCCUCCUCGGAUUAGAUUACGGCACCCCAGCGGAUAUCUGGAGCACAGCGUGCCUGGCUUUUGAACUGGCCAUCGGAGACCGUCUCUUUGAUCCCCAGGCUGGGCAGUAUUUUUCCAGAGAUGAUGAUCACGUGGUUCGGAUCAUUGAGCUCCUGGGCAGAAUCCCACCUAAAGUUGCUUUGUUCUGGAAGCGGGCGACAACAUUCUUCAACAGGCAAGGUGCUCUCCUGAGGAUGUCCUGGCUGUCUCCCUACGACCUCUACCAUAUCCUCACGGAUAAAUACAGCUGGCCCAAGCAUCAGGCAUCUCCUCUUGCCAGUUUUCUCCUGCCUAUGCUGGAAUAUGCCCCAGAAAGGAGGGCAGCAGCUGACAAAUGCCUUCAGCAUCCUUGGCUCAAUACCUAAUGCAGGCUUGGUCUGAUCCUGCUGCUCUCUCCGCCAGGAUGGUUUAGAAAUAGGACAUGCUCACAAAGGAAUCUUGGGGGCAGACUAGGCAUGAAUUAAAUUAAAGUGCAUGGGUUUUCCUGUUAUGUAAGCAAGCAGGGGUCUCGCGGACAAGGGAACACGGGGAGUACAGCUCUGGGAUUUUUCUGACCUCAUUUACAGGAGAGGCAGGGUAAUUGACAGGCUCUCCUUGCUCUGGAAAGUGAAUGAGGUGAUAACGAGGCUUUCAAGUUUCCCUAGAGCAUAGAGAAAGUCAGAAGUUGAGAGCAGCUUAUGUAAUAGAUUGACACCUGCUUAAAACAACAACAACUCCUUGGGGGUGUGGCUAUCUAGGGGCUGUCACAAUGAGCUACUGAACUUCAACAGCCCCAGCCUCAAAGCACCCCGGGACCAUACAGGGUGCAGAGGGGUAGUUCAACUAUUUCACUCCCUGCCAAAUCGAACACAAAACAACUCUCCAGAGCUGCUAUUUGCAUCCCUUGGAAUACAAGUGGAUCCUUUGGAGGGGCAAAUUUAGCUGGGAGAGAGAAUUUAAUUCUUCCCACCCUCACGAGUCCCAGAUCUGCUUAUGUAACCAAACACAUGCACAUUAAUUGUAUUGAUGAAGUCAACAUCAUGCCUAGUCUGGCUGCCCUUCAUCUUGGAUGGAUGAGACUCUUGAAGCCCGUCUCACAAGAGCAAAUAGUCAUGGUUUAACUCUGGAUACAUCUCCUCUUAAUCCACCUUGGCAAACCAGUUCUACAGGGUGAAGACCAGCCUAACGUAAGACAAAAGGUGCAUCCCUCCUCUGCCAUGGGGUGAGCCUGGCUUCCUCCUGGCUUCACAAUGGAAAUGACAGGUGUGUAUGCCUGCAUAUUGGCCAUACGCAUUUCAGGCAAGCUGCCCACCUUAAUUUCUCCAUGUUUGUAUUUAUGCAUUCGUGACUUUUGCUGCCGUGGUUUUAGAAGAGCAGAUUUUUCUCUGGGGAUUGGGAUCCGGCUUCGGAGUGACAUCAUGGAUGGGCAAGCCAAUCAGCAUCAGGUACAGGUUAGGAGACCUUCUGCUUCAAACUUGCAGAGAUAUAGAUAUAUAUAUAGAGAGAGAGAGAGAGAGAGAGAGAUUUUGCAGAACUGCAGCACAGAGAGGAAGGAGACGCUUGUGAGGAUGGUUCCUAGGGUGGCCGCAUAUACAUCACCAUAAAAGAGACAGCAGAGAUUUGCAUUAGAUCUGCAUGUGCCAAUUCGUAUGUAUAGAUGCACAUUUAGAAUAGAAUUACUAUCAUUUAAAUAGAACUGCAAUACACCUCCCUGGCAGAGGAAAAGACUGUGACGAGGUUACCUGUGUACCUGCUCAUUCUGUUAUCUAGCUGGUGGAGAAACGUCAAGGCCUUUGCUCCCUUUUCCUCCUGUUCUUUAUCACUAAGCCAGACCUGGACUAGACCUUCAUAUAGAAGACUCCUUCAAAUAGAGGAUUGUCCUCUGUAAAGUAGGAGGCACAGUGGCCACUGGAGUGCUUUGGAAACGGAGGUUUCUCUGCUUUAGAAACAUCACCUGGGUUCACCCAGUCCUUUCUGCGCCUGAUGGUUUUGCAGGAUUUUAAGCAGAAAUCUUGAGAGUCUUGCACACUUCAUACCUCAUCCUGAGUUGGUUGAUGCGCCAAUUCCACCCUCUUAAUGUGAAAUUGAGUGUCUAAUAAGAACAAGCCGUAGUAACCUUUUCAUGAUGUUCCAUCUAUUUAUCUAGAUGAAUGUUUCAGCCUAUCCAUUUCCCCAUGUUACAAAAUUCAAGGCUGUUUCCCCCUCACCCACUUGUAAGAAUUUUGUGAGCAUGUGCACACCCGUUCAUCACCCCACCCCCUCCACUAGACACCUUUGUUGGUUUUUGAAUUUUGAGGAAUCUGUACCGCUUGAUCUCACAGAGAUGUCUUAAGGUCCUUCUACACCACCUUCACACACCUCAUCAGCAAAAUUAUUGUUUGCCUGUGUUCGUAGGGGCCCAUGUAUAACUUGAUUUUUCAUUAAAAUGCAAUAUAAAAAAAAUACCGCAACCACAAUGAAUGGCCUGCUAAUCUGAAGAAGAUGGAACUGUGUGUAUUCAUGCAGGAAACAAGUAAAGAAUAGAAUGCAAAGAUACAGAAAAGAUCAUGACUGGUUUAAACAAAAUAAAAUUUAAUGGAAUUGUAGCAAA